AUGGAUGUGGAUGUACAAACCCCAGAUGCCCCAGAACCUCCGAUUUACGUGGAUCAACAGGGACGAUGGAAGCACCUCUACAACGUCCUAAGUAAACGAGGUCCUUUCACAGACGAGGACUGGAACCCUGGCCCCGAGCCUAUCAGUGCGCUUGAAUCUGCCAAAAUUUUGGUGAUCGGAGCUGGUGGACUAGGAUGUGAGAUUUUAAAGAAUCUCGCGCUGUCAGGAUUCAAAGAUAUUCAUGUCAUUGACAUGGACACCAUUGAUAUAUCAAAUCUAAACCGGCAGUUUUUGUUCCGCCAGGCAGAUAUUGGAAAGCCCAAAGCUGAAGUCGCCGCCGCUUUUGUGCAAAAGCGAGUUAAGGGUGUGAAGAUCACACCCUACGUCGGCAAAAUCCAGGAUAAAGAUGAGGAUUAUUACAUGCAGUUUAAUAUUGUCAUUUGUGGCCUGGACAGCAUCGAAGCUCGACGCUGGAUCAAUUCCACGUUGAUCUCAAUGGUCGACGAAGACGAUCCUUCGAGCCUGAAGCCACUUGUUGAUGGUGGAACUGAAGGUACCUACCUGCACCGAAACUUGAUCGAGAAUGGGUUGCUGAUAUAUCGAACAGGUUUCAAGGGCCAAGCCCGUGUUAUUCUUCCAUCUAUCUCAUCCUGCAUUGAGUGCCAGCUGGACAUGCACGCACCUCGUCCAGCAGUCCCUCUCUGCACCAUUGCUACCAUCCCGCGCCAACCUCAGCACUGCAUUGAAUGGGCGCACCAGAUUGCAUGGCAAGAGAAGCGCAAAGAUGACACCUUUGACAGCGAUGACAUGGAACACAUAUCGUGGAUAUACAAUGCCGCUUACGAACGUGCCCAGCAUUUCCAUAUCCAUGGCGUGACCUUCCAGAUGACCCAGGGUGUGGUGAAAAAUAUCAUUCCGGCUAUCGCAUCAACGAACGCCGUCAUUGCGGCCUCCACAACUUCAGAAGUACUCAAGAUUGCCACUAGCUGCAAUCCAUUCCUAAGCAACUACAUGAUGUACGCUGGUGAGGAGGGAGUGUACACAUACACCUUUGAGGCGGAGAAGAAGCCCGACUGCCCCGUGUGCGGAGAACUUGCCCGGAAGCUGGAUGUGGAUCCCAAUAUGACACUGGGCGAGUUCAUCGAGAGCCUUGGAGAAAGGGCCGAGGCUCAAUUGAAGAAACCUAGCAUGCGGACCGAAGAGAAGACCCUCUACCAGCGUUUCCCGCCUCAGCUAGAGGAAAUGACUCGCCCCCACCUGGUGAAAAAGCUGGUAGAUUUGGUCGAGGACGGCGAGGAAGUUGCUGUCAGCGACCCAGCCUACACCACCACAUUCCGCUUCCGUCUUCACUUCAAAUAA